CAAAAAAAUAUAAAAUACAAAAUGGUUACACAGUGGUAAAGUCUUGACGGUAAUAAUAAUAAGCUAGAUCUAUCUAUACAAAGGAAUACGAUAUAUAGUGCACAAAAAAUAUAUAAUGAAUUAUUGAAACGUUAUACGUAAAGUGAUAAGAAACAUCUAUGACAUUAAACACACCGGAAACAUCUAUGACAUUAAACACACAGGAAACAUCUAUGACGUUGUCACAAAUCGUCAACUUGUAUGAUGUGGAUAAAAAUGGGCUGCUGUGGAGCUCGAAACCUCAAGACUUCUAAUGAUUCCAGUGCAGAUCCGAACCCAGUCGUGAACGAUGCCCUGUACAUCAAGUCAGCAGGUCAAGUCAAAAUCGAGUCCCGGCCCAACAGCACCGUGGACGACGUGCGAAGUGAGAACGAGAGCGUCACUUCCUUCCAGCUCAAGUACUACGACUGCUACACAGAUCGUCAGUUCUUGAAGCACUACAGGAGGCGCUCCAAUCAGUCGUCCAAGCUCAGAUUUAUGUUUGAUGACGUCUUUGGCACUGAGUUGUAACACCGUGUGUAGCCUCCCUUGUGGCGUAGGCGGGAAAUGUUCUCAUGUUCUCCUUGUUUAAAUUAUUCUUUCCUAAGAUGAACUGUAGGUUAUAAGAGAUACAACUCAAACUACUAUAACUUAUGAAAACAAAAUUAACGCCCAGCUACUUAAAUUUUAUGGUCUCAACGACUAAAAUUUUAUGGUCUCAGCUACUGAAAUUUUUUGCUGUAGAUAAGCAUAUACAUACAUAAUACUGUCAGUUUUGUUGAACUAUAGCUAUUGCUUUAAGAACAUAAAAACAAAGAGAGUAUACAAUUGAAGGGGCAGAGUUGUUGAAAACUGUGGAAUGUUUCACCAAAAAAUAAAAUAUGGAUAGUUCUUGUCAUCAAAGAUAAGGAUAAUAUAUAUGCCAGUGUUUGAUCAGUAGCAAUGACUAGGUGCUAUUGAAACUAUUUUGGAAAGAAAAUGUAGACAUGUUGACGCUUUACUAAAUAGCAUCUAAACGGAGAUUAAAGGGCUAACUACAGUUUUAGACAUCCCUUAAGGUUGACUUUAUUCACCGCACUGCCGUUGUGUUCUAAGUUUUUUUUCUUUCAAAUAUAAAAUUUAGAAAUCAUCAAUGUUAAAGUAGAUUUUUCUUUUAAAAUGGUAUUCUUAUAAAUAUUUAUUGUUUACAUGUACACCUGUAUUUUUAAACAUCAAUGUGUAGACAUAGUGCAGUAUUUCUUUUUGUACUGUCUAGUUUCGAAAGGCUCUUGGAUAAAUUCAUUUGGUAAUACUC